AUGCUCGGGGAGUCGCGACCAGCUCAACUCCGCCAAAUAGGACUUUUCGAAUCGGGUUUGGAUGAGCAAAGCGCGGUCUACGAGUACUACUCAGACGCAACGCUUCGAGGUGAAGGCAUCCCACGAGCGCACCUUCGCGGGGUGGAGUUAGGGCGGCGGGAGGCAGUUUGCUCGAUGUGGGCGUGCCAGUCGUUGGGAACGGGGAACGAGGAACGUUUACGGGGAGAGGUUGUUAGGGAUUAUUCCUCCGGGGGCCUCAUAUAG